GGGAACCUUGAAUUCUUUGCCCUACUGACUAGUGCAAAGUUUCUCCAAUAGGAUCUCAUGCUUCCUAGGCUUGGGACUUCAAGGCCAAACCUUGAAUAUAAAGUUCUUGGCUAGCUCUCCUCUUUGGAGUCAUGGCCACCUGUCUUCAUAUCAAGUCAGCUAAGUUCUAGGAUAUCCAAUCCAAGGAUGCAGUGGUUAUGUAUACAACAAAUGGUAUAGUGGAAACGUGGUUGGAUCUAGAGGCAGGAAGACACAGACAAAAACCUUCCCUAUCUCACUGUUUUCCUAUGGGUGAAUGACAACACUCUCAAAUGACACCUAUGGAGAACAGAUCUACAGUGAAUCACUUCAUCCUGGUAGGAUUAACAGAUGUUCCAAAGCUUCAGGUUCCUCUCUUCGUAAUGUUCACCUUCAUCUACCUUACUGCUCUGGUAGGGAACCUGGGGAUAAUAGCUCUGAGCUCCUGGGAUUUUCAUCUCCAUACCCCCAUGUAUUUUUUCCUCAGUAACCUCUCUCUGGUGGAUUUUGGCUACUCCUCAACUGUUACCCCCAAGGUGAUGGCUGGGCUCCUCACAGGGAACAAGAUCAUCUCCUAUAAUGGAUGUGUUACACAGUUGUUCUUUGUUGGGGCCUUUGCUACUACAGAAAGUUUCCUCUUAGCCUCCAUGGCCUAUGAUCGCCAUGCUGCUGUGUGCAAACCCCUACAUUAUACCACUACCAUAACUUCAACAGUAUGUGCCUAUCUGGCCAGUGGUGCUUACAUCUGUGGCUUUCUGACCUCCUCCAUAGUCAUAGCAACCACUUUUAGCCUUUUCUUCUGCAGGUCCAACAUAGUCCAUCACUUUUUCUGUGAUAUUCCCCCUCUUCUAGUUCUCUCUUGCUCUGAUAUUCACAUCACUGAGUUAGUCCUCUUUAUCUUAGGGUCCUUCACUGUCUUUUUCCCUUUUCUCAUCAUCUUUGCUUCAUACUUGUUAAUCUUCAUCACCAUCCUAAAUAUCCAUUCUGUUGAAGGCCGCCAGAAAGCUUUCUCCACCUGUGCUUCCCAUCUCACAGCAGUGUUCAUAUUUUAUGGGACAAUCAUCUUCAUGUACCUUCAGCCUAGCUCAAGUCAUUCAAUGGACACAGACAAAAUGGCUUCAGUGUUCUAUACUAUGGUCAUCCCCAUGUUGAACCCUCUGGUCUAUAGUCUGAGGAAUAAAGAGAUAAAAAAUGCUUUGAUGAAAGCUAACAGGAUGAAUACUAUAUUA